CAUUCGUUGUCUGACUGUGGGAACUAUUGAUUUUUGAUAACAUGGUACUAGACAUGGAGUCCACUUCAACUGUGGCCAGUAUCAUGGAGCGUGCGGGGAUACAAGAGUAUCUCAGAGUAUUACUAACUGUCCUUAACUUCCUUACCUUCCUGGUUGCUGUUAUUGGAAACUCCCUUGUUCUUCUAGGUACAAUUCGUCACGACCUUAUAAAAAUGGACAGACCAUCCCUCCUCUUCCUCCAAUCAAUCGCGGUAUCAGACAUAGUAAUCGCCUUCUCCAGCUACCUCAUUAAAGGCAUAACCCUCGCCUUCGACCGGUGGGUCCUAGGUGACUUCCUCUGCAGGAUCUCCAAGAUAAUCUUCACUACAGCCUUGUUUAACGAGGCUGGUGUUAUUGCAAUGCUCAGUGUUUACAGGGUGUGGAUGUUGAAGCGGACACCAGCCAGGAGGAAUUUAAUAAAUGUAACGAUAAUAAAGAUAGUGUUAACGUGUUUCUUCUUUGUUGGAGCUGUGUAUCUGACCAUUCUGAUGGUUUCUUUAGACGCUAAAAUGUUUGUUAACCCUCACGAACACACCUGUUCAUCCAAGAUCUUCAGUGAUUCUGAGUAUAAAGUCUACGCUAUCUCUACUGUUAUUGUGUUUGUGUUUGUUCCCAUGUUCGUUAUAAUCGUCUCCAAUAUUGUGACUAUAGCUGUGUUCCUUAAGCACGACAAGAAAGCUAACCCUCGAACCAAUCCGCGGAAUAAAUCUCGCUUGAACAACAGGAAAUCCACUGUGUACUUAUCAACUGAAGCUCAACCGGCUGCAGAUACCACCGAAACCACCACCACUACCACCACCACUACCAGCAGCAAUAACAGCAGCAUGGAAUCUCACUCCGAGUACGCCAGAAUAAUCAUCACUCUUACAGCUAUCUCAACAAUGUUCGUGAUAUCAUAUAUCCUGAUUCUUGUGAAGAAUACCAUGGGGCUUCUGGGGUAUGAUAUCCCAGAUUGGAUCGUGGUUGCCUGGCCCUAUUUGUUGAGUAUUAACGUGAUGAUGAACCCUGUUAUUUAUGCUCUGAUGAACAAAAAGUUUAAGGCGUUCUUGAGAGACGUUUUUUUGGGACGUUAUUAUGGUAACUCUGUAAACGCGGGUUUUACGUGAUUAUUGAUUUUGUUAUCUCGUUUGUUAACUAAACUUGUUUUAUAGUUA